CUGGGUAGAAAAUGGUGGACGAAUUUCAUAAAUUUUAGAAAUCUUCCUGUUUUUCUAAAUUUUUAACUGCAUUUUGGUUUGUUGAUCGGUGCAAAACCCUUUGAAUCACAUAGUGAGACAACUAUUCAUCAAAGAUGACAGAAUUCUGGCUUAUCUCCGCACCAGGAGAGAAGACCUGUCAGCAGACAUGGGAAUCCAUGAAUAAGGUCACAUCAAAACAGUACAAUCUCUCCCUCAACUAUAAAUUCCACAUGCCAGACCUCAAAGUGGGGACAUUAGAUGUCCUGGUUGGUCUGUCCGAUGAUCUUGGGAAACUUGACACUUAUUGUGAAGGUGUGGCCAGGAAGGUUGCCCAGUAUUUAGCUGAAGUAUUAGAAGAACAAAGGGACAAGUUACAGGAGAAUUUGCUAGCUAAUGGAAUGGACCUUGGCACAUAUCUAACGCGGUUUAGUUGGGAUAUGGCCAAAUACCCAGUGAAACAGCCACUCAAGAAUAUAGCAGAAAUCAUUAGUAAGCAAGUAUCUCAGAUUGACAAUGACUUGAAGAGUAAGGCUUCAUCAUACAACAGCUUAAAAGGAAAUUUACAAACAUUGGAGAGAAAAGCAGUUGGUAGUUUAUUGACACGGAAUUUAGGAGAACUUGUGAAGAAAGAAGACUUUGUGUUGAAUUCUGAGUAUCUGACAACUUUACUGGUUGUUGUCCCGAAGGCGGCCUACCAAGAUUGGCAAACAUGUUAUGAAAGUUUGACAGAUAUGGUGGUGCCCCAGUCGUCACGGCUCAUCUUUGAGGAUAACGAGCAUGGUCUCUUUUCUGUGACGUUGUUCAUGAAAGUGGUGGACGAAUACAAGCACCACUGCCGAGAAAAUAGAUUCGUUGUACGAGAUUUUGUUUACAAUGAGGAAGAACUGACUGCCGGAAAGAAUGAAUUAGCCAAGCUUGCCACUGACAAGAAGAAACAAUUUGGUCCUCUUGUUAGGUGGUUGAAGGUGAACUUCAGUGAGGCCUUCACUGCCUGGAUCCAUGUCAAAGCACUCCGUGUAUUCGUGGAAUCAGUUUUGAGGUAUGGCCUGCCAGUGAAUUUCCAAGCAAUGUUGUUGCAUCCCCACCGUAAAGCCAUGAGGAAGCUCAGGGACAUCCUGAACGAUCACUACUCGCAUCUAGACAAUACUGCUGGAGGCGGUGCAGAUGCCAAUUUUGACAUUCCUGGGAUUAGCGUGGGUCAGACGGAAUACUUUCCCUACGUUUAUUACAAGAUCAACAUUGACAUGUUAGAAUCAGCAAGAUUACAAUAGAAAAUAUUGCAUGAACUCUGGGUACUUCCGAGACCAAAUGUGCCGAUUCAUCACAACAUUUGCUGUAUAAAUUCUAGUCCCGUUUAUUUCAUUUAGCAUAGACCAUGCAUAAAAGAGGACCUACAUAAAUCAUUUUAUUGUUUCACCAAGAACAUUCCCAAAUGAAAAAUAGUCUAUACAAUUGUAUUUUGUUUGAUUGAAAUGCUUAUCAUGUAAGCAAUCAGGAACUCUUGUGUAUUUAUUUCCUGUGUCAAUAGGUAAUUGUGGACAUAGACCAACUUUGUGCUAAUCCCUGUUUCUGUUUUGUUGCCAAACUUGUAGUCUUUAGAAAUUGUUGUGAUACAGAUAAUUAGUAAAGGCAACUGUGUCUGUACAUACAUAUAGUGUACAUAAUGCAUGUAUAUGGUGAGAUUUCAAGCAUGUGGAAGUAAAUUAGCAUUUAGAUGUUGAAGUCAUGUGCAAUUAGAAAUCAAGGUCAGAAUUGUAACUAUGGUAAAUUAUCCAGAUAGAGUUCUAAAUUUGGUGUUAUUUCGGGACCAGAUGCAUGUGGUGUUCAUCUUUGAUAUGCUUUGAAAUGUAUAAAUGCUUGUAUUCACUGACAAAAUUUGUACAUGUAGCUGUGGCUAAAGUGAUGUCCUUUGAUCACAGUGUCAAAAAUCAAUACGGUUUAUCUUGGUAACUGGAAGGACUGUGAGAAAAUUAAGUGAAUUGAGUGAAUGGGAAAAUUCCAAUAGGGCAUACACUGUAUAUAAAGCAGAAAUAAGUUAUUACAAUUGCCCAGUCGAUUCCGGGUUUGGGUGUUAAAAAGGUGGUGGAGAGGGGCUCUGAGAGUUGACGAGUUUCAACGUUCCUCAUUGUCAGUUUAGUUUCCAAAGCUAAUGCUUGUAGUUUAUUAAUCUGAAUGUGCUGUACACAGAUGUAUGAUUAAAGAAUAUGUAUGGCUAUAAAAUGAAUGGAAAA